AUGUUCAACGAUAUCACAAAGCCUCCACUCCCGCUGCCGACCACGCAGCUAACCGAGCUCGAGCCCGGCCUUUCAAUUGUGCUACCCCUCUCACGCCGAGGCCAUGGACCAGGACUCAUCAUUCUUGUUCCAGACACAGACCAGUCUCUCGCGAUCAUUGAUGGUGUUCCUUCGCAAAUGAUCAAAUGGGCUGAAGAGGGAUACACUGUGGUAGAGAUCCAGAGGCGCGCCCUGAUAACGGGGGCGCGAGAAGUGCUUACCAAGGCUAUUCAAGCGCUGGAAAGUUGCGAUAAAUGCGAUCCAAAAGACAAAGUUGGUCUCAUAUCUUAUGAUCCCGAGCUAUGGAACUACGUGGCCCCCACCUUGCCAUCCGUUUCGACGAUCGUUGCAGGAGUCGUCUACAGCCAUGUAUCCGACAGCUCCAGCUUGGAGUCUGCGGUCGUUCCAGUUCUACGGCAUACGGCUGGGAAAAAGCCAGGCACAGUAGAACGGCAAGAUCUCGUGAAAAGCUUUUAUUAUCCCAACGCCAAGUCGCAUCACUUUGCAGGCCCUUUCCAGGAUCAAUUCGAUUAUUGGGCGGAGUCCGUGUCCCAUACUCGCACCUUGCAGUUCCUCAAACCUAUUAUGAAUGGGCCAUACUUUGAUCUUGAGACGAUUUGGGAAGAGCAUACUUACUACGAAUUUGCCGAUCGCUCGGUCGAGCAUACAAUGAGCACGAUGGUGGACCAGCCAUACGUGAACCAUGUUCCAACGCUUACCGGUGGGAUUGGACGCGAACCCUUGUCAAACUUUUAUCGGCAUAAUUUCAUCUUUAAUAAUUCAGAUGAUACCGACUUAGAGCUUAUCAGCCGGACACUGGGAAUCGACAGAGUAGUCGAUGAGUUCAUCUUCAAAUUCACCCACGAUAAGGAACUCGAUUGGCUACUUCCUGGAGUUCCCCCGACAAACAAACACGUGGAAGUCCCAUUCACAGCCGUGGUCAACAUUCGCGGGGACAGACUCUAUCAUGAGCAUAUUUCCUGGGAUCAGGGAUCAGUGCUCAGACAAGUUGGAUUAAUGCCUGAGUAUUUGCCAUACCCAUAUGCUUUACCUGACGGCAGCAAACCGGCUCCAGGCAAGCAAUUUGAGUAUCGCGUUCCGGUGGCUGGGAUUGAAUCUGCUGAGAAGAUGAGGGAUAGGAACUCGGUUGCAUCUAACCAGAUGUUCCAAUACCGGCUUCGCGAAGUGCCAGAGUGA